UUUCUGCAGGGAUUUCUGACCGGAGCCUCUCCCCCUUCCAGACGGAUUACGGCUGCGACAUGGAGAAAGGCAGCGUCUGCACCUAUCACCCUGGGGCUGUUCACUGUGUCCGGAGCGUUCAGGCCAGCCCGCGAUACGGCGCGGGGCAGCAGUGCUGCUACAGCCGGCGGGGCGUCCAGGUGCUGACGGAGGACUCCGCGGGGGGCAGCACCCCGGACCGAGGCCACGACUGGGGAGCCCCGCCCUACAAGCAGCCCCCGCGCAUCCCGGGCUUCUCCCACUGGCUCUACGACGUGCUCAGCUUCUACUCCUGCUGCCUCUGGGCCGACCGCUGCGCCGUGUAUUUGAAGCGCCGGCCCUCCAGCGGCUGCCAGCGAUACCGCCCGCCCCGAGCCGGUACGUCGGAGCCAAAGGGCUCAGGGCUCUCCCCAAACUUUGGCAGCUUUUGA